GAGGAAAAUUUUGCCCUGUUGAUAUCGUUGCACCAUUUUACUAGCCACAUAGCACAUAGAUAGGAUAUUUUGGAAAAAGUUGAACUGAUUUCUGCUAAAAUCUGCUGUAGUUCUAAACAGUUGAAAGUGCCUCUUUUCGCAAUUCUUUACCAAUAACGCGAGUGACUAAUCGUUCCAAAGUGCUUCCCACCGCUCCUAGACCAAUUCGUUAUCGGCCUAGAUUAGGCGGGCGAAACGCCUUCUUAUCAGUUCAGUCAAACAUUAAUCAAUACAUUCGCAUACCUACACCUGCUUGCAUCUAAACGUUAUCAACACGCCAAGAACAUUCAUUCGUCAGUGCCAUGCUAGCGCCACGGUGAUGAUAACCAACAACAAGUGGUGUAAUCGGAAAAGGCGAUCGCAACAAAUAUUGUUAUUACUAGUACUUAGCCGGAGAAAAUUGCCCUAAUUCGAUUAGUGCCUGCAAGCCAUGGAAAUACAAUCACGCUCCCCCAUCGGGGCUCGGCGGGUCAAAACGGAUCUGCAAACGUCGGAAAAUAUGUUCAUACAGCCGGGACGUUCCCGAUCCAACUCACCCCUUCUUCCGCGGCACCACCCACACAAUAGUCAGCUUCCAUCGAGAGCAAUCCUUGCUUCGACGUCGACAACGAUGCCGGCACCUUCUACCGGUGCUUUUAGUGAACCCCAGAGACUGACGGUGCCACCAUCUACGAUGGCCAGUUCUCGAAGUACGCUCUCUCCUUCGCCAAACAGAAUCCGGAGCCUAAGUGCAAAUGUAGGGUCUUCCCCCGGCGGCAGCCAACGGCAAUACGCAUUCCCUCGAAGCCCUUCGCGACCGCUUGCGGAUAACAGUUCUACCAUGGCGGUAAAUUCAAUCAGUGCAAGAUCUCAACUUCCUGCUCGAGCGACUCGGUUGCUGACCCGGCGGCUGCAAAACAAUGCCACCCCGACAAAUUGCGGCACCGCCGGAUCGGAAAGCCCUCGCUCGAUGGACAGUCUCCCGCGACGGACGGCCCUGUCGGCUUCGUACAAAACGGCCACCCUGAACCAGUUCAACAACAACAACAUCACCAGCAAUGGAAGCUUCUGCGGCAGCAUGACGGAUUCGGCUUCGACAGCCACUAAUUCGGCCGAAGAUCUGACCCUGCUGGACAAAUCCCUGCGCAACUCGAUGCUCCAGGACGUUGUACACUUCAAGAAGCAACUGGUUCGGUUACGCCGUAUUCUACAGGAGGAUGAAGAAAAUUUGAUGAUGACCGAUACUCUCAACCCAUUUGAGAAUAAUAAUGGGCAAUUCUUCACUACCACUGCUACUGCACCUGCUGCUGCCAAUGGUGGAACUCUGGCCGGGGACGGACUUAUUCCGGCCACCGUCGACAGCAAGCAGCAGGAGAACACCCUCAUCAAGGAGUCCGGAGUGGUGGCCUUGGCCCUACUCGAGGACCAGCGCCAGGAGCUGGCGGAUCUCAGAAGACAGGUGGUUUACCUUCAGGGUGAAAUCACCGCCAAGGAUCGCACCAUCCGGCAGCAGCAGAACCUGAUCGAAAAGUACGAAGCCGAGCGGGAAAAACUACAGGCAGGCCUAUUACCCGCAGCCAACGGCGGAUCUCCCACGGAAUCGACAGAGACGGGCGGCGGCGCCGAGAAGACAACCGUCGUCAUCGAUACAGCCACCCAGACUGAGAGGUUGAGGCCACUAUCGUUUGGCGGACAGGAAGGAUUAGCGAGUCGCAAUGAGCUGCCAGCGUCGAAUCCGCCUCACCGCAACGGUCUCCGAUCCGCGAACCAUCAGCAUCACCAUCAUGGCCAUCACACGUCUACAGCAGGAGGAACUCACACAACAGCAUCAUCCUCAUCGACAUCCAGCGCUAGCCGAACCUCAUCACAUCUGAAGCCCAAAACCCAAAUAUCAUCGGUCUACGCUCAGCUAUCAUCGGUAAAGAGCUCCGGCCAGAACGGAGGCCUCUCAAUCAGCCAGAAACGAUCUUCCCUAGCGGCCUCGAAUGGCAACCUUAGCAGUCCCCACAACAUCUCCACACCAUCCCUACACAACGGUUCACCCCUGAAAACCGUCCGUACCACCCUGAUUGGCCACGUGCCAUCCCACGUUAAAGCCGGAUCGGGGCCAAGUUCCCCGCCUUCCUCUCCCCCUGCCAAUGGCAGCGCCACCACCGCCAAAGUGCUCAAAUCUUCGAUCCGUACUCCCACGGUGAACGGUAGUCUGGGUCAUCUUCCCAGUAGUCCCAAGAUGGCUGCCACGCCCUCACCAAAACGAACUUCUGCCAUCCGGCCUCCAUCUUCCUUUGGGCAUGCUUCUCUUGCCGCCGAGCUCACAACACCUACACAUUCGCACAAAUCCAAAUCGGCGCCGGCCACGCCCACGGUUGAGAAUAAGCUGGCAACGAGCGGUGUCGUCGUUCCGAUUGCGAUCGACGAAGGCAAAAAACAAAAUGGCUUCCACGAGUCAGCUCUUCGCCCUAACAGUAUUGCUCCCCUUAAUGAUACGAACAACAACAGAGCGUUAACCGCGGUUACAAAUAGAGCGUAAUAAAUAGAAAGAUUUAACUUCGACUCGCGGGAGCAAAAGCCGAAAUCGAAUAGGACGCGAUACACAAUAAGAUCAAUAGUCUUAAAAAACCUAGGAAACGGAUUGACUGGAUGUAAUGAUAGUAGUAGUAAGGUACAUAGUUUAGUUAUCUAGCUGCGUAAGAGAAUAAUUAUUUAUAUAUUUAAAUAAAAAAUAAAAAACCAAUCCAUUCACAGAACAAACAAAAACCAACUACACUGAAACUUUGAAUUAAUGUGAUCCUUAAUAUUAACAAAAUAAAAAUUGUGCUUCAAUUUCAAGUAUCUACAACAUACAAAAUAUAUAACUCAAAAAACACGUAACUACACACAACUAUUUGAAACAAUAACAGCAUUGAUCAAAUGAAUAAUGUGCAUAUUGAACAACAAAAAAAACCAAAACCCGAAGUUAUCUACACCUACCACACAAUAUAUAUUCGAAAGCUUUUUUGAAACAAUGGCAAGUUUAUGAAGCUACCCAAAAUCAGUCCAUUUUUACCUGAGCACCAAUAAAAUGCUUGUGGUUUGAGAACUAUAAUCGAUUAAAAUACAAAACAUAUUACCAUUCUGUAGAUCAGAAAGCGUGUUUUUUGAGGCUUGAAUUGCUUCGGUAUUUUGUAAGGGUAAACCAAACGAUUGCUGCAGGCUUGUUUCGUGCUUACUUCUCAAGUGAGUGGCGACCAUUAUUGUUUAAAGGUGCUGCGGUAAUGAAGCUAUAGGUAUAGAAGAACAAAUCGAAAGGAUUGCCUAAAAUCUCUGUUGAUACGUUGAUUCCUAUUAUACCUACUAUUUCCUAUAUUGAAAACAUUUUGAAUAUGUUGUGCAAUCUUAAUUUUGUUUCCCAUCUAUUGAUUUUUAACUUUAGUAAAAAUUUAAACAAAUGUAAAAUGAAUUUUAUUACAUUUUUAGAACUCUCAAAAAAGGCAGGCAAAACGGUGUCACUCAGCGAUGCCAAUCAAGAAUAGCAAAUAUUACUCGUAUUAUCAUACUAUAAACACAAGGAAAAGUUAUGAACUCCAACUCUAGAUUAGUCCAAAUCGAAAUCAAUCUCCCCCAUAACUUCUUUCAAUCAGUGACCGGAACAGUAAACGAUAUUUUCGAACUUGAAUUUGAAAAACCAGUAAAAUGUGGAAACAGUAUAAACAUCCAAAAAAAACAAGCCGUAUAUAUUCUUGAGCAAACGGUUGAAUUUGAAAUUAUACAAUAAAUUGCAACA